AUGAAUUCUAUCAGCUCUGAACACAACCAGUGUGACGAGGAGCGGCCGGAGGACUCGGUUUUGGAUCUCAAAAAUGUCCCAGUGCUAACACCAGAGCAGGAGAAGAAACUGUGGAGAAAGAUUGACCUGCGGAUAAUGCCUAUCCUCAGUUUGAUGUAUCUUCUGGCUUUCCUUGACAGAGGUAACAUAGGUAACGCGGCGUUGGAGGGGAUUAUCACUCAACUGGAUCUCACGGGAGACAAAUUCAACAUUGUAUUGAUAAUGUUUAUCAUAACAUACUGCCUGUUUGAAUGUCCCUCUAACCUGGUUCUUAAAGCGAUCAGACCAUCCAGAUGGCUUCCAGGGAUCAAUUUUGCAUGGGGGGUAGUUAUGUACCCUCAGCUUGUUGGAGUGCGAAUCUGUCUUGGUAUCACUGAGGCAGGUUUGUUCCCUGGUGUGGUUUAUUACCUUACUUUGUGGUACCCGAGACACAUGCUACAAUAUCGAAUUGGCUUGUUUUUUGGUGCUGCAACGGUUGCAGGUGCUUUCUCUGGCUUACUAGCAUUUGGGAUUGGUUACAUGGGUGGCAUGGAAGGACUCGAAGCAUGGUCCUGGAUCUUCCUGAUUGAAGGCCUUGCAACGAUAGUUGUAGCCAUCAUUUCUUUCUUUGUGCUUGUCGACUUUCCGGAAACAGCUAAGUUCUUGACCCCGGAAGAGCGUGCUUUUGUUGUCUGGAGGAAAAAAUAUGACAAUUCAUCGGUCGGCGAGGAAAAGAAGUUUGCUGUUAAGCACGUCUGGGCGGCAUUCACAGACUGGCAGAUCUGGUUGCAUAUCCCCAUUUAUGUGUCAAUCGUUGGGCCUCGUAAUGCAUUCAGCUUUGGAUAUAACACGCCAGUCAGCCAGUUGCUCACCGUACCACCAUAUAUUGCCGGAACUAUCACAUUGCUCGUUUUUGCACACUACUCGGACAAGCUGAAAAUGCGAUCACCUUUCAUUCUUGCCGGCCUUACAAUGUGUCUCAUCGGCUUUUCGAUAAACAUAUCUACCGCACCCGAUAGUGUCAAGUAUUUUGGGACUUACGUCAUUGUUAUGGGAAGCUAUGCAUCAUUGCCUGGUAUCAUUUCUUGGCUUGGAAACAAUCUUUCCGGCCAGUACAAGAGAGGCGUUGGCAUGGCCCUCGAAAUGAGCAUCGGAAAUCUCAGUGGUGUGGUUGCAGCCACCGUCUAUAGGUCGCGAGACGCACCUCGGUUCAUCUUUGGGUAUGCAUUCGAACUCAUGUUCGUCGGGAUUGGAUUCAUCUUUUUGCCGCUUGUGGUGUUUAUCUACAAGAGGAUCAACGCCAAACGCGAUGCUGCCGAACGGCUCGCAAGAGAACGGGGGGAGAAAGUGCAAUAUUCGUACCAGGAAUUGCGGGACUUGGGAGACCGUGCGCCUGACUUCAGAUACACGUUAUGA